GGUCCCUUCAGCACAAACCAGGCUGUGGUUCUAUGUGCAGCUUUGCCUGGGAAGCACAGCACAUGUGUCCCCAGUACACAGGCUGCUGCUGCAGAGGCAGCACUCCGGGUAUCAGGGUAAAAUGUUUAACACUUAAGGACACUCACUCACAGUGUUUAUCCUGCAGGAGCCUCUCUGCUGCUCCUUCCAGGGAGGGGAGGCUGGGGCCAGGCACAGUGUGGAACGUGCGGAAGAAGCAGAUGUAAAAGCUCAGUGAAACUGCUGUGAACCCACAGCCUUCCCCAUCUGCUUCCUCUGGCCGCAUGGUACCCCAGUGCAGGCUCAGCGCCAAGCCUGCUCUCUGCCACGUGGCUCCAUCCCGCUGCUCUCCUUGGCUCAAGCAGCGUGUGUGUCUUCACAAAGACUCAGGCAGUGGCUUCCUGUGCUGUUAAAGGGGGGGACAGGGUCACCCCCCUUCCACAGGCAGUGCUGGUGUGGAUGCUGUGCGGUUCCUCUGCUUUCUAACUCAGUGUGCUCACAUGGCAGUCAGCCUUGCCAGCACUAACAGCCUAUUCCACUCUUUCUUGUGUUGGCAAGUGCUGGGACUCCAUAGAGCACAUGGGAGUUCCUUGCAUGAAUCCUUGCAUGGAGGCUGGCAUGUGUGCACCAAGUACAUCUGAGGGGCAGGAGGGGUUUGAUCCACCACAGCUGCAGGAGGAAACUGCAGAGCUGUUGGUGGGAUCUGCCUUUUCCUUCCUUGCUUGCUGCUGCUCUCUUUUUUUCGGUUGCCUUGUUGCUCUCUUCUGAUUUACUGCGUGUGCUCACGUGGCCUUGGAAAGGGGGGUUCUCCCACUGCUCUGCUUCCAAAAGGGAAAGAAGCUGGCAGGCAUUUACAUUGCAGUUCUCGAGUUAUGUAGGUUAAAGCCUCCCAGUGGGAAAAUGGAAGAGAUGAGCGCACAGAUUGCUGCUGGUGAUACUUGCAAGGAGAAAGCGGAGGAAAGGAGCAUGUAACUCCAGAGCUGCACCCAGCCGAACGUGAGCUGUGAGAGGUGAGCAAUGGGAUAGCACAGUGCUGCUGGCACAUGAACUGCCUGCAGAACCUCCCUCUCCACCAUGCAGAGCAACUACUCCCUGGUCGUCACCCCCAGAGGAAGCCUCCAAGUGCUCCACACAGCCCUGACAAAUGCAUCGGCUACGUUGCGCUCCCCCACUCCCUGCCCACUCACCUCUUCACGUUAUCAGUUUUCCCUCAUUCCAGCGCUCUUCUCCGUGGUCUUGGCUCUGGGGUUGGUUGGCAACAGUGUGGUGGUUGUGGUGCUUUGUCGGCACAGUGGCCCCAAAACAGUCGCCAACAUCUACAUUUUCAACCUGGCCGUGGCGGACCUGCUGUGCCUCGCCACCCUUCCCUUUUGGGCUACCUACUACGCGCAGGGCUACAACUGGCUCUUUGGGUCUCUCAUGUGCAAGAUCUCCAGCUCUGUCCUGUGCUUGAACAUGUUUGCCAGUAUAUUUUUCAUCACCUGCAUGAGUGUGGACCGGUACCACGCUAUUGCCCAUCCUAUGCACUCUCAAAGGAGAACUCUGCAGAAAGCUUAUUUCACAGCACUGGUUGUGUGGGGCCUUGCCUGUUUGUCCUCCCUCCCAACCUUUUAUUUCCGUGACACUUACCCCAUCGAAAGCUUGGGGGUCAAUGCUUGCAUCAUGGCCUUUCCUCAGGAGAGCUAUGCACAAUGGGCUGUGGCAACAGCCUUCCUGAAGAACACACUGGGCUUCUUCAUCCCCUUGACUGUGAUCACCACGUGCUAUGUGCGGAUCAGGAAGCCCCUGCUCAGAGCACGGAAGUUUGGGAAAAACAAGCAGAAGAGGGACAAAGUCCUCAAGCUGGUGGCUGCUGUUGUCGUCGCCUUCUUGAUUUCCUGGCUCCCAUUCCACGUUUUGACAUUUCUGGAUGCCUUGGCUCACAUGAGCAUCAUCAGCAGCUGUGCGGUGACAGGGCUCAUCGACACAGCGCUGCCAUUCGGCAUCUGCAUGGCCUUUGCCAACAGCUGCAUCAACCCGCUGCUGUACUGCUUCAUUGGGAACCAGUUCCAGGAGAAGCUCCACCGCUUGUUCAAGAGAAGGGUUUACCAGUUCAACAGCCACCGGGAGAGCUCUUCCUUGAGGAAAGGGAGCUGCUUCAGAGAUGCUGAGACCCCUGUGGGCAGGGAAGGGGAGCCCGAGUCCCUGCUGUAGGCACCGGGGCAUGAUGUGGGCGAUGUCAGUGAUGCUCCUCUGUUCUGGUCCUCUUGUGCCUGUUCAUUCACCAGCAGGUUGAAGAAGAAUCUCUUUUUCACAUAGAGAGGUUUAUUCUUCAUUCCUUUCCACAAGGAACACUCCACAGAGGAAGAUUCUGGCACAUAAAUGAUGUUUUAAAUAUCAGAUUGUGCAUGGCAAGAGUUUAGUGCAACACCAGAAGACAAAACACACCAAAGGACCAUUGCACAAUAGCUACAACUGUGUAGGUGCUGAGUAUUAUACCCUGAGCUGGUUUUCUAAAAGAGAUUCUCAUCAGAGAAUGUGUAAAUAAA